GUCUGAAAGUGUGUCACUGGGUUAAAGUGAGUCAGGCGCGCACACGAGGAGGAGGAGCCGGUGACGGAACCGCGCGAGAGAAGAACAUUCAGUUCUGAGGGCUCGCGCGCAGCUAGGGACUUCCAGUGAAACGCGGAGGAUCAAACGCAGUUGGCGGAACACAGAAUGAUACAUUCGGUGAUCUGAUGAUACAUUCGGUGAUCUGAUGAUACAUUGUAUCCGGCUCGAGGGCAGCUAGAGUAUCACAAGUCGGAUCGACGUCGAAUUAGCUGCAGGUUAUACGUACAUGUGUCGAGCUGGAAUUAUUUUUACCGGUUGAAAUACAGAUACAUCAUUAGCGCAGAUCUCUCAUCUGAAGAGAAAUCUUUCAACAUGGAUUCGGCAAAGCAAGGAGGGGUGAUAGCCUACGUCUGCUCCUCAAGCUCCGCCUCCAGCCCAGAGUCAUACAUGAUUGACAGCUCAAACAACCGUUCACCAUCAUGCUCUCCACCUCUGUCCACUAAUCAGAGCCGUACCUCAGACACUCCCACCAUUGGGCUUCUCUCAAAGCCCGUCCAUCCUCGCGGCCACGCCUCUGAUAAGACCGGGCCGAUGCUCGCUACUAAGAGCGGUAUUACAAAGCUUAAUGGAAUGGUGCUACUGUGUAAAGUGUGCGGAGACGUCGCAUCUGGCUUCCACUACGGCGUUCACGCCUGUGAGGGCUGCAAGGGCUUCUUUAGAAGAAGCAUCCAGCAGAAUAUUCAGUACAAGAAAUGCCUAAAAACUGAAAGUUGCACUAUCGUGCGAAUAAACCGUAAUCGGUGUCAGCAGUGUCGCUUCAAGAAGUGUUUAUCUGUCGGGAUGUCGAGAGACGCUGUACGAUUCGGAAGAAUCCCCAAGCGUGAGAAACAGCGGAUGCUCCUGGAGAUGCAGACGGCCAUGAAUAACAUGAUGAACAACAGUCAGCUCCAACGCAUGCUUCACGGCACCCAGGCCGUACCGUGUGCCGUAGAAACCAGCUCGAACGUCUCCUCUCCGUCACCGCCGGAUUCGCCAAGGUCCGCUUCGGAUCUGUCUCGGGACUCUGAGUCGGUCGUUCCCAUGGAUACGUCCAUGAGUUCGGCAUCGUCUUGUUCGUCAGACAGCGGGGAGGAAGACGCGGCGAGCAACGCACUACAGCGGGAAGAACUGUUCGCGUAUAAGCGACCCGCGAGUCCGCCCCGCGCCGGCUCCGUCUCUCCGGCCAGCUCGGACACACUGAGCACCGGCAGUAAGGAUGAGGAACAGCCGCAGGAAUGCUGGAACCACUGGAGCAACGGCAGUGGGGUAGACAGCCAGAGACGCUCGGACUGUGAGAGGAACCUAAGAGUCACGCCUGCGCCUUACAGGGAACACGCGACCGGGUAUCACGUGGCCCAGCAGAGCAGUCAAAGCCCUUGCGGCGGCCAGUCGGAAAACUUGCCUUACCACGCUUAUAAUGGGAAUAACGUCAACGAACUUCAGAGAGGAGGAUACAGAAGGCAUCUGGUAUGUCCCAUGAACGUUUCCCCCUUCGUGGACCCUUGCAAGCCCGGUCAUGAAAUCUGGGAGGAGUUUUCCAAGAGCUUCAUCCCCGCCGUAAGAGAAGUCGUGGAAUUUGCCAAGCGGAUCCCCGGUUUUCAGGACCUCUCCCAACAGGAUCAGGUCAACCUCCUGAAGGCAGGAACCUUCGAGGUGCUGAUGGUGCGUUUCGUGUCUCUCUUUGAUGUGAAAGAGCGGACCGUGACCUUCCUCGGCGGUAGGAAGUACAGCGUGGACCUUUUACGCUCCAUAGGCACCGGAGAGCUGCUCACCUGUAUGUUUGACUUCAGUGAGAAGCUGACGGCCCUGCAGCUCAACGAAGAGGAGAUGAGUCUCUUCACGGCCGUAGUUCUGGUGUCUGCAGACCGAUCGGCCAUCGAGAACGUGAACGGCGUGGAGGCCCUGCAGGAGACUUUGAUCCGAGCUUUGAGGAACUUGAUCAUGAAGAACCACUCGAACGAAUCGGCCAUCUUCACCAAGCUCCUCCUGAAACUGCCUGAACUGAGAUCGCUCAAUAACAUGCAUUCAGAAGAGCUACUGGCCUUUCAAAUCCAACCUUAAACCAAAACGUGCUUCCUCUACUUCGGUCCGACCAACGGCGGUUCUCAUUCUACUCUUGAAUGUAUUUAACAAGCUUUUGUACCUUAAAGGUUUAGGAAUAAAGAAAGUGUUUAAAGAACGUAUAUACUUUGGCUUUGACUAUUGCAUACAGAAACCAUAGUCUUAUUAAAGCACCAUUCAAAUGUUGAAGCUAUAUAUUAUUAGAUAUUUGAUUUGUUGAACCAGUUCAUUGUAAUUAUUUGUUAUGCCCGAGCAAAGGUUGUCUAAACCCUUUUAAAGCUUGAAUUAUUACGUCUUCUGAUUACGUGCAAUAGCUGCUAAUGCAUGGCUAUUCGUUUAAGAGCAGCUUUACGUCGUAUCUCGUCCGAGACGUUACGUCUUUAAAAAAAAAAGGACUGAUUAUGUGUUGUCAUUUUUUCCUGAAUGUAUGUGUGUUGCUAGCAGUGGCUGGCGGUGUAGAUGCAUGUCGGCAUCGUUUAAACCUGUAUAACAGGGGCAAUGCUUUUGCACGCGGUGUUGAGGAACAGAUCGAAAGCGGCGAGCACAAACCGCAGCGUUGCACGCGCAUUCGGCUACCCCAGACACCAUAAUUACGGCGAGGCGGAGAACAUCUGCCUCUACCGAUAGUAAUUUAUGAGCGGUGUCACUUUAAAUGACAGGAGGACAAUAUUUUACCUUCAUUGCUGUCAUUUUUAUAUAGACCACGUAAAGAGAGAUGUUUUAUGUCUUCCAUUAUGCAGUUGGAAAUGUGUAUAGUUGAAGUGAACAAAGUAUGCUUCGUGCACAAUUAAAAGAGAUGGAGUUUUAUUUAUGGAUGUUUGUACAGAUGUUUUUAGAUUGCCUUAUCAUUCUCUGCCACAUCGGGGAACAUAUUUUUCAUUGGUAAUCGCAUUUUAUCAGAGCAGAGAAACAAUAUUACAAUCCCAUUUUUUUGGGAUACACUUCUGGUUCUUGAUGACUAUGCAUAUGGAAACAGCUUGACAAAAAUGGACAUUUCUCAGCCUUUAUUCAAUAAAUAAUAUGUGCUAUUCCCUUGUUCACAUUUGUUGUCCAUGUUUUUGUUUCCUUAAAUAACAGUGCAGUAUGUAUAGUUGUGUAUAUCUAUUUGAAAUCUAUCAAUAUAAAGUAAAUCAAUAAAUAUUUACUUGCAAUUUA